AUGGUUACGGCUCAUAAUUUAGAACGCGAGGAUCGGGAAGAUGCUCCGUUCCUCGCCCCCGAACCGCAAUCACCGUCGACCCCUAACCGCCCUCACAUCGAAGCGAAACCUCACCCGCUCGGAAACGAUGUGUCAGCUCAGAGGAUCGGUUUCCGGCUGAAGGUGACUCUGUUCGCCAUGAUCCUGGCGGUGGAUAUCGGCUUCUCCUUCAUUGAGGGCCCCCAGGUCCGGAUCUUUGAGUCGAUUGCGUGUCGUCAGUUCUUUUCCGUGACCGAUCCGAGUCAGAUUGGGGCCAAUGGUCAGGUACCUGAGGCAAUGUGUAAGGGAGCAGAGGUACAAGCAGAGUUGGCUGCGGUGAAGGGAUAUAACAUGUUCUUUGACGGGUUGCUUUGUGCGCUCUUGGCCAUUCCCUACGGUCUGCUGGCAGAUCGGAGAGGUCGCAAAUACACUCUCCUCCUGGGCAUGCCUGGCUUUGCUCUCAAUUCUGUUAUCGUCCUCGCGGUCAUGUGGUUUUCGGAUAUAUUCCCACUACGGGCAAUCUGGUUCUCUUCGCUGGCGUGGUUGCUCGGCGGGGGGCCGGUUGUUGCGUUUGCGAUUAUUUGGACUAUGAUGGCUGAUGUCACAACAGAAGAAGAAAGAGCAACGCUAUUCUUUCAAUUUGGUAUCGUCUCUAUGGGGGCCGACUUUCUUUCUAGUGCCUUCACCUCUUACUUGAUGUCCCUAAAUCCGUGGGUUCCGCUCUUCAUCGGACAUGCCAUUAUUUUCCUUGGGCUGUUAUUGAUGUUUGGUCUCCCCGAAACCAUGCAUGUCCGGCCACCGAGCCGACGAGAGCCAUCCCAUGUCGAGCUUUCUGACCUGACUGAGGAUGAACCCAAGAAUCACUCUCCCAAACCCGAGGGCGAACCAUAUAGCGAUGAGCACGGGGAGAUUGGCUUGAACAAUGAGGCGCACAUGUCUUGGAGUUAUCCCUCCCAUCAGAACCCCUCUGUUUGGACGAGGAUUCGCUCAAAUUACCGGUUCUACGUGAAACCAUACCUAUUUAUCCUGAACCGCAAACCUGUGCUACUUCUUUUGACCGCUUUCUUGGUCUACCGCCUCAGUCGCGGUUCUUCGUGGUUCCUCACACAGUAUAUCUCGACACGAUACGAAUGGACCCUGGCACAGGCCAAUUUGCUCGUCUCCUUCCGACCUACAGUAUCCAUUCCGGUAUUCUUGUUUGUUCUGCCCUGGCUCAAGAAAAACUAUCUCAGCCCCAAACGCUCGUCCACGGAGAGGGAUCUAUACCUUGCUCGCGCGAGCAUCAUCUGUCUUACCCUUGGAACCCUGGGAAUCGGUCUUUCGCCCACUAUCGGCACUCUGAUCCCCAGUAUGAUCAUCCAGACAUCCGGGUCUGGUUUCGUCUUCCUCACACGUUCGAUCAUUACUACCCUGGUCGAGCGUGAUGAGACUGCCCGGCUGUAUACAGUCAUCGAGGUCUUGCAGUCCAUGGGCAACGUUGUAGCCAGUGUGUCCAUCACCACAGUUUUCCAGCUCGGUCUUCGUUUAGGAGGCGUAUGGGUUGGACUGGCCUGGAUGAUGACUAGCACGUUAUUUUGCAUGGUAGCUGCCGCUAUCUGGGCUUUUCGACUUCCACAAACCAGCCGUGCCUCGGAUCCGGAGUUCGUGGUUGGAGAAUUUGAAGAUACCGAUCAUUGA